AUGAUCUGCUCGAAAGAUGAAUCUACGACGGGAGCUGGGAAGCCGAUAGGCUGUUAUUGCAUUUUAGUGGAAUCGCUCGGUCCCGAGGAGCGCGAGUUCUUUGUUCACGUACAAUCCUCGAUGUCGAUUGACGGUCAUUUCGGUGGGUCGAAGGUCAUCAGCUCGGCGACUGCAAAGUUCCACUGCCUGGAAGAAAAAAGAACCGAAUUUGUGUACGAGGAUGGUCUUCACGAGAAAACAAUUUUCCUGGGUAUCCAGGAUGGAUAUUACCAUUUGAAAUUAACACGCUCUUGUCCCUGCGACCCGUGCGACACUGAAAUCAAGGAGUUGUCAUUCCGAUAUAGCAACAACCUGAUAAGCGAGGGAGUAAAUGUAUUGUUGAUGCGAUACUUGGCACUUGUGGAUUACGAAGGAACCUUGUCGUUCAGUAGUAUUUCUAUCGAUGGAGAACUUAUGGAAAAUAUUUACGUAAGAGCAGUAGAGAAGCAACCGGUGGUCUGCUCCUGUUAUUCGACGACGAAACAGACGUGUAGUAGUGCUGAACGCAUGGAGCUGGACGGUCACUUCCUGAACGUUUACACGAUCGAACGUAAAAUGCUGAAGGAAGAUGGAAACGUAAAUACUGUGAGGACUUAUUUAACACAAAAAGGAAGAAUAAUCCGGCAUAAUUGGCUAGAUGUAUCGUAUCUACUGAAAAUUAAUCCGCUGGCCGAUCCGAAGAGUCCGCCGCCACCAACCAUCAAAAUAGAGAUGCCAUUGAGAGAUCGCUGGAUGGAAGAUAUUGAAAUGUUUUCCAAAUACUUGGAUAUGAAAUCGUUGAAGAUAGCCGAGCACACGGAAUACCUAACUGAUCAUCCGGAAGUUAAGCGAAUGAUCGCGGAUUAUGUCCAAACGCUGCUAGUUGGUAAUCAGUCGACCGACUAUAGAAACAUUGUACCGAUUCUUCUUAAACAGACAGCGUCGAUAUUCGUUCGUAAUCGCGCGACACUGGCCUCCACAGUGAAACCCGAGAACGUGAUAGACUUCACGAUACAGCAUUUCAAAGCGUUCGCUAGGGAUCCAGUCGCCUGGGAGACCAGUGCGUUGAAAGAGGAUUCUGACGCCGAUCUAACGUCACAGCUGGCGGAGAAGAGAUCCGAAGUGGUGGUGUGCGGCAUAUGCGGAUUCUGCCUGGACUACAGCGCGAUGGAGAACGUCUCUUCGAUGUCUUUCAUGGAACAAGAUUAUGACGACGACAACGACGACGAUACGAGUCUAUUAAAUGUCGUUGAAUCGUUGAAAUCUGUAUGCUCCGGAGACUCCGGCAAAGAAGUGGCGGCGAUUGAUGGUCGAGAAUCAAGUUCGUCGAAUGUCGCGGAAGGUGUUUCGAAAUUGAAAAGAACUUGUGAUCAAUGCCAAGCUAUUAUAAAAUUCUACGACAAGCACAAAUCUCACUCCAAGUGUCCCGGUUGCUUGAAAAUAUCACGGACGUGUAUGAAGUGUACCACCGUCGAUGAAAUCUUGAAAAGAUUGAAACAGUAAAUUAUGCGCGGCCGCGAUCGCAGAAAACGUUUGUCUCGACGAUUUCGAAUCUGUUACCUUUAUCAUUUCCUGCCGCCAUCACCACCACCACCACCAAGAGACGUAUCCUUCUGAGAAUUACAUAUAACGCAAUUUUCCUGAAAAAAAUAUAAGAGAAAUAAAUAAAUAAUUUUCCACUACA